AUGGCAAACAACAACUUGCUACCUUUAUAUAACCAAACUGCUUCUGGCUCAGUCAUUCCCAAUGCUGUUUCUGCUUCUAGCAACAAUUAUAUCGAAAUCCACAUCAGAUUUUCAAACGCACAAAUACCUGAUUUGAUAAUCCCAAUCAGCUCCCAGCAAGAACUAUCGCUAAUUGAUAACAGAUAUCUUAGAGUCAAAGUAAGACAGUACAAUAAUGAAAACACUCAUAGCAAAAGAUUGAGGUUCAUUUAUAAUGGUAAAAUCAUAAACGAAAAGGUAAACUUGCAAAACGAAUUGACAAAAUUUGACAAUUUCCUAUACAAUGGUCCCAAUAACCAAUCCGAUGAUAAUAGAAAGGCAGAAGUGAAAGGAAAGGAUAAGGAAACAACAAGUGAUUCUGGAAGCGAGCAACAACAGAUCCAUAAAUUAUAUAUCCAUUGUUUAAUAGGGUCAGACUUAACUCCCGAAGAAUUGAGACAAGAAGAUAUAAUGGAUUCAAAAGAGCAAGUAAAAUCAACCACUCCUGCCCCAGUUGGUUUUGAUAGGUUAAGAUCUCAAGGGUUUACAGACCAAGAAAUCAACGACUUAAGAGUGCAGUUUAGAAACAUAUAUGGAUUUUCUUCAACAACUGGAUUAUCAAAUACUGUCAACGAUCUGUUUGAAACUGAACAUGGCAUUGAUUUGAAUGCUGAAGACGAUCCAAAUUUUAGAGCAAGCAAUCCAACUGAAAUCAAUGAUAUCAGACAGUUGGAAGAAAGAUGGAUGGAUAAUGGUGCCAAUGAACCCGAUGACCAACUAAAUAUGGUUGCAAUGAACAAUAAUGUACUAGGAUCAAAUCAAGAUUUGCUAAUCGGUAUGUUAAUGGGUUGUUUACUUGGAGUGUUGAGUUUAUUUUUCUUGAGAGAAGAAUUUAUGAUAAGUAAAAGACAGAAAAUGGCUAUUAUUGGGGGUUUAAUAACAAAUUUUACAUUUUGUUUGCUUCGUAAUUGGGUAUAA